AUGUUAGCCAAUGAACCAACCUUGACAGUCGAAGCUGUCACAGAUCAACUUUGCAAAAAUUUUAAGGAAGUUCAAAUUACCCCAAGAUCAGUAGCAACUCAUAUGAAAAAAGGUGUUGUCUCACUUAUAAACGCAUUGUCCCACAAUAUUUCGCACGAGACAAAAAUAGAUUUUAUGAAUGACUGUAUGUUUAUUGAUGAGGCUGGAUUCAAUACAAACAUGCACCGUUCUUAUGAUUGGUGUGAAGUUGGAAUACCUUGUAAAAUUAAAGUUGAAGCAAGGGGGCCAAAUGUCAGUAUCCUAGGUGCCAUUUCCAAAGUUGGUCUUAUUACUCUUUCAAAAAAGGAGAUUAUUACUACAGCAACAGCAGGAACGCAACAACGAACUGAUGAUACACCAGCUGCAAAAAGAAAAGGCACAACUAGUAACGGCUUUCUAGAAUUCAUAGAGCAAGCCCUCACUACAACUGAUGCAGCUGGUAUGAAUUACAAGUACUUGGUGCUUGAUAACGCAUCCAUUCACAAGGCUAACCUUGUUCGAGAUUGGGUUGAACAAUGA